GUAGCACCGUGCACUGCUCCGCCUGUGUUUGGAACGCUGGCCGCUGGGUAUGGGAGUGAGCGACCGUUUAGACUAACCUACCUAACAGGAAACGUUUAGCUCACCCUGCCGCUCAGUGCACUCCCGAAUUCGAUUGCACUACUACUGACAAUGCAUAACUGGCAUUUCAAAUCUUUUCCGCUCGCAUUAACUGUAGAAGUAUCCAUUUUGUUGUGCGGUUUUUGAUCGGUUUGGUGAUGUGGAGUAGCGAUGUGUUCAUUUGUGUCGAGACUUGAGCCAACAAAGUGCGCUUACUCAUACUGCUUUAUCUAAUCAUCUGUGCGUCACAAUUUGUUUGCACCACAUAAUCAAACCCAACCCAGAAUAUGAUGCCGUUCCUUGCGGGAGACCAGCACGAUAUAAAAGCUGUAGGCUGCGAUUGCAAAAUAGUGUAUACAUAGGCCUUUGAGCAGUUUAGCUGCAUUGAUUAAAAUCUUCAACAGCGAACUUUCCUUAUAAGAGGUGCUCGCGUGCGUGCAACUGCAAAAUUUUAAAAGCGCAACUUUGCCGUCCAUUACCGGCUUCGAAACCGAAGAAAGAAUGUACCGCCAACCCCUGAUAAAGAACGCAGUUACCGCAAAGGCCCACUUUAACAGCAAUCGACCGUGUGGCAUCCUAAUCGGUCUUACUGGGGCUGGCAAAACUACUCUCGGUAACAAACUGUGUAACCCGGAUCAUUUUUCCGGUGCAUGGAACGGCAACGUGACACAGCAACUUCUCAGGAGUGACGUCAGCGUCGGUAGCAACCCGUUUUCUCUUAUCGAUACACCGGGGACCGAUGCCCAAACCGACACGUAUAAACAUACCGUUCUUUUGCGUGCCGGGCUGACAGCAACGGAGCUCAAUACAAUCUUCAUCGUACUGAAAUACAAGAGCCACUAUAAUAAAAUGAUCGACAACUACCUGCAAGUGGAGCAACCGGUCGGGAAUUUCACCAAUAAAAUCGUCAUCCUGAUUUCGCACAUGGAUAAUGCUAACGACCAUAAUAGCGAAUUUCCAACUAUCUGCACUUUGCUAACAGAAGUCAGUCCAAACAUUGCCAACAUUAUGUUUUUUCUCGCACCAAAGCGACUCCAGUUCCGUUGCCAAUCUGAUGUACGCUUGCAUGUCUCGCAUGGAGCCCAGGCGGCUAGAAAUAUCUGAUGACGAAUUCGAUAUCAACUUUAACUUUUAUAAGGUGGAAAUCCGUAUGAGGCGAUCCUUCGAUCACUACAGAAAACUUGUGCGAAAAGUGUUUAGUGACUACGCAAGACUUCGCGACCGAAUAAAAAAUGAAUUCAAUGAAGACAAGGACGAGGUCUUUCACAUCAUGAUUGUCCAGUUCAGGUACGAUCUCGAUGACCUCUACGAUGAAUUUAUAACCAAGCAUGGCAAGGAGAUGACUGAGCUGGAGUAUUACGCGUUGUGCGUGGAAAUACAGAAGGAGAAUAUAAAGAUCUGCGAUCGUUUUGUCAAUUCUGUCACCCCGCUAAUGACGUACAAUCUGUUUGACAAAACGGAUCCGCGAAAUUUAAUUAAGGCUUGUCCCUACUGUGGACUGGUAUGGUGGAGAACGGAAGGGUGUGAUGGUGCGACCAACUGCGGUACUCGAGUGAGCGAAGUAUUCGAAUCCCGAGCGAAAUCCCUGUUCAAGUACACUUUGAAAUGGAUCGAUGACGAGCUGACACCAAUAAAAAAUCCCGUUGAGAAGCUUUCGGUCAAAGCUGCGGAUGCGAAGCCCUCGACGACGGGAUUUGGAUGCGGCAACCGGAUUAUUUGGAGCAAUAUACCUAAGCUGGACGAUAAAAUUCUACUCGAAAUAUUUGAGGUGGAAACAAUCGCUGAAGUUAGAUGCAUCAUCCAGAACGAUGAAUACCGGAGAGUACUGUAUGGUCGAGAAUCGGAUUCAUCAUUUUGGGGCUCUCACGAGUACGACUGGUAGAAGCACAUUCUGUAUGGACAGUCAUACUGUGAUGUGGUUUGCAACGGAAGGAAGUGGCCAGAAAGUACCACCCAGUUAGUGUCGUGUUAAGUGUACUUUGAUCUUUCAUAAAACAAUCAAUAAAUUGUUGACUCAUGGUUUGUCUAUGAGUGCUUUUGAGUUGAAUGCGUAUUCUCUCAUCUUUCAUAUUUUGGAAUCACUUCUGAUUGCUUGAGAGAGAAGAACUUGUUAAUGAAUAAAUGUCACCUUCCAUGGCAAGCCGCUCUGGAAUAUCUGGUCUUGGAAAGUGUUAACUAGAAUGUCUUCUUAGCCUUGAUGUUGUU